GUCACCGUCACGCAAUGUAAGGACGCCGAAGUAUACGCACAGAUUAAAACUGCCCGAGUGAUGUGCGCAGGGUUCCAGUCAGUUCUGGUCCCACCAGGUUGGGCUGCUACCUUUGUUUUUCCGCGCCCUCAGAUUACCGAAAGAAGCAGUCAAAUACUACGUUCCGGAACUAUUGGCCAGGAGCUACUAUUCAUUCGCUUCGAGCCUAUCGAGACAUCCGCUUCAUCACUCGCCAGUCUUCAUAAACUGGAGAAUUUGAAAAGCGAACGAAGGAUCGCAAGCGCGCCUGGUGCAGGCGACCGGACAACCCCGGUCCUGUCCACGAGUUAUCGAGACAGCACGCAAUAUCUAGAUCUGAAGGACGAUUAGAGCAAACCCUUGAGAUAUAUCUAUGACAAAGACUAGAAUCGU